AUGAGCGUUCCAAUGUUAAAGAUCGGGGCGGUGCUCAGCACCAUGGCCAUGGUGACCAACUGGAUGUCUCAGACGCUGCCGUCUCUGGUGGGACUCAACGGGACCGCCAUCUCCAGAGGGGGCACCUCAGAGAGGAUCGUUAGUCCACUUCUUCCAGCUCUUCCGGACGGAUCCCGAGGUGCGCUGUACCCGAGCCCGGAGGAAGGCUGGCAGAUCUACAGCUCGGCACAGGGCGCCGACGGAAAAUGCAUCUGCACGGUGGUCGCGCCGGCUCAGAACAUGUGCAACCGCGAUCCGCGCAGCCGCCAGCUCCGCCAGCUCAUGGAGAAGGUGCAGAACAUAAGUCAGUCCAUGGAGGUGCUGGACCUGCGGACCAACAGAGACCUCCAGUACGUGAGGGAGACCGAAGGCCUGAUGAGAGCGGUGGACGGGCGGCUGAAGGUGGCCUCGGACAACCCACGCGGUCUCAAUCCGAAGGGAUUUCAGGAUUUGAAAGACAAGGUGGGCGAGCUUCUCCGUCGCCUGCCCGUCCUGGAGCAAUACAAAUCGGACAGCAAGAUGAUCCUGCGCCUCCGCGAGGAGGUGAGGAAUCUGUCCUUGGUGCUGAUGGCCAUCCAGGAGGAGAUGGGCGCUUACGACUACGAGGAGCUGCGCCAGAGGGUCCUGCUGCUGGAGACGCGCCUCCACUCCUGCAUGCAGAAGCUCGGCUGCGGGAAGCUCACCGGCGUCAGUAAUCCCAUCACGGUCCGGGCGUCCGGGUCCAGGUUCGGCUCCUGGAUGACAGAUACGAUGAUCCCCAGCUCCGACAACCGGGUGUGGUCCAUGGACGGUUACUUCAAGGGGCGUCGCGUCUUAGAGUACCGCACCAUGAGUGACUUCAUGAAGGGCCAGAACUUUGUGCAGCACCUCCUCCCGCACCCUUGGGCAGGCACCGGCCACGUGGUCUACAACGGCUCGCUGUACUACAACAAGUACCAGAGCAACAUAAUCAUCAAGUACCACUUCCGGUCCCGGAGCGUCCUCGUGCAGCGCAGCUUGAGCGGAGCCGGCUACAACAACACCUUCCCUUACUCGUGGGGCGGCUCUUCCGACAUCGACCUGAUGGCCGACGAGAACGGCCUGUGGGCGGUCUACACCACCAUCCCCAAAGCCGGGAACAUCGUCAUCAGCCGCCUGGAACCGCAGACUCUGGAGGUGCAGCAGACGUGGGACACCGGCUUCCCCAAGCGCAGCGCCGGAGAGUCCUUCAUGAUCUGCAGCACGCUCUACGUCACCAACUCCCACCUGGCCGGCGCCAAGAUCUACUUCGCGUACUACACCAACACCUCCAGCUACGAGUACACGGACAUCCCCUUCCACAAUCAGUACUCCCACAUCUCCAUGAUGGACUACAACCCCAGGGAGAGGGUCCUCUACACCUGGAACAAUGGCCACCAGGUGCUCUACAACGUCACGCUUUUCCAGGUCAUCAAGACUUCUGGGGACUGAGAGCGCAAAAAGCAGACCGGACACAUUUAAUGCUGUAAACUGUUUGUGGCGGGACGAAUC